GGUUUGUUGCACAAGUUACAGCGGGAACGGGGCCGGCGUUGAUUAAUGCUGGAUUCAGCAUUCGCCAAUUCGCGCCGCACGCGUUGUAUCAUUUGUAUGUGGCGUGUAAGUUAACUAUUGUACCCACCUUGUACGAAAUGUCUUCCCAGAUCCCUUUGUCCUCUGCGCUUCUGCACUUGUUUCCCUCCAUGUGAAAUCUACAAUGGUAUAGCGGGACCUGAAUUCCACGCCUGAUGCUGCAAUCUCGACCUUGUUGGCCGUGAAAUACUACUAAUCCUAAUACCCUCCAUCAUCCCAUGGAGCCUCGUCAUCAUCACGGUGGCCUCGAGGGGCAGCCGGGGCUCGAAGUAGUGUACCAAGGCCACUUGGAGGUGGCAUACGAUCAGUCGCUGCCCGAGGUCCGCCCAGACGAAUACACCAGCGACGGCAAGAUCGUCUCCCCGCUCAUAACCAAGUAUCCGGGCCACUCCCACCCCGGAACGUACUCGACCGAGUCGACGCAUGCGAAAGAUGCGUCUCAAGAGUUGUCCAAGCCCAAAGAAGGAUGGCGGAAGAGGAAACGGCUAUGGCUUGUCCUGGCUGGCAUCGGCACUGUCGCUGUCAUCCUCAUCGUCGUUCUGGGCGCCGUUUUCGGGAGCAGAGCCGGCAGGGCGUCAUCAAAAGAUCCCGCAUCGCAAACGACUAGCAGUAGUGAUGCAAACAACACCAACAAUCCCAACAACACAGCAUCCGGCUCCAACACCACAACCACCACCACGAAGCCGCAGUCGAUACGCCAGGGCUCGAGCCUGAGCGUGACCGGCUGGCGGAAACCGGACGGCAACGUCGAGACGUACCUCUUCUACCAGGACCCGCAGGACGGUCUGCGCUACUCCAGGUGCGACACCAGCCAUCGCACCACCACCACAGGCGGCGAGGCUAACGAUUCCACCUGCUGGGAGCCGCCCGUCCGCUUCAACUCGUACGCCAGACCCAACACGCCCCUCGCAGCAUCGACCAUCCUCUGGGGCGACCAAUACCAGCCCCAAACCGUACUCUUCUACUCGGGCUUCAAGACGCGCCUGCUGGGCGUCAACUUCAACGACCAGUUCUCGCCCAACACCUCCGACUCCAGCAUCAACAACCGGCAACAGCCGCAGCAAGCAUCCGACACACAAAACCAAAAUAAUCAAAAUCAUAUCUUCACCAUCCUCGACGGCGCGCUGGCGUCCUACUGGCCCUGGACGCUGUACCAGGACGCGUCGGGCGCGCUCUUCCACGUGCGCAACCUGCUCGGCGGCAACUUCGCCCCCUCCGACACGGCCUGGGACAACAACCCGACCAACAUCACGGCCGCCGUGGCCGGCUCCGCGCUGGCCGUCGUGCCGCUGUCGGCCAACUUCAGCCGCAUCGCCGUCAAGGGCGGCUACGCCGUGUUUUAUUAUCAGUCUUCUUCUCAGGAUAAGGAUAAGGAUAAAGACGGUGGGAGGUUAGCGGUGGGCAUCACGGAUCUCGACUCGCCCGAGCUGGCGGCCGAUUACCCGCUCUCGUGGCCGACCGAGAUCCCCGCAAUCGUGCUGCCCAGGGCCGCGCCCAUGGCGGGCUUCUCGGUCGCGAGGCCCGGGGAUGCGCUGCAGCGCGUUGAUACCUACCUGCUGUAUCGGGACGACAAGAAUGAUGUGAAUGUGCUGUAUACGAGUGCGGAUGGGGAGGAGGACGGGGGGAGGGUGCAGUGGAAGACUGCGCGGCCCGAUGCGUUGAAGGGGGUGGACCCGGACACGGAUAUCGCGUGUUUGACGAUGGCUACGUCGUUUCAUAACGCUGCUGAGGUUGAGGUGCAUUUGGAGGAGGCGUCGGAUGCGACGAGGUGUUAUUUCCAGCGCGGAGGUGUCGUGGUGGAGGUCAAGUUGGAUACUAGUAGUAGUAGUAGUAGUAAGGCGGAUUGGAUUGUUGUGGGGAAUGUGCCGAUUCCCUGAUCGAGUCGGGAGAUGCAAGGAUGACUUGAACUUCGGGUGUAUUACUUCGUUCUUUCGUGGCCUGGGUGGGAGAUUUCGUUAUCUGGCUCUGGCGUUUGGAUAUAAGAUCCUACAUUCCAUAUGUAUAUGAACCGCAAGGAUGUAAUGCGACGUUUACUUGAUGGUCAAAACCACCAUAGCUUGCAAGUUGCUAUAGUACCCUUUG